AUGGGAAAACGCCACAACAGGAAGCGGACAAGAAGUCGGCCUCGCCAUCGAGACGGCAAUAACACAAAUCAAGCCAUUCAGCAUUUCCGAAGUAAUUCGCUCGAUACCACUUCUUCGCGGUCGACGAUUGUCUCUCCUUAUCAGCCAUCGUACGCGCCCAUCGCAAACGUUUCCGCGGACCACUGGCACCAAACAUAUUUUGUAUGGCAGAACCGACUUCGGUUGGAGCAGGAGAGAGCGAAGGCAGUGGAGUCUCAUCAGCUUCGCGUUUUUGGUGGCGAGCCAGGUGAUGAAGUGAGCCUCUUCGAGCCUAUGAUGAAGGUAGUCACGGACCUCUUCGACGGCUAUGAUGACUUUGGAUAUUCAUGA